AUGGAGCCGGCUGGAAAGGUUGAGAUGAUGAAAACUGCGUCUGAGACAGCCUUUUCGAGGCCGGUCUGGCCAGUCAGUCUGUGCUGCCUUUUAAAGUGCACAGCUCGGCUGAACAGUCAAUCAAAAGUAGAACUUAAUCCUGUCUCCAGUCGACAUCAGCUUCGGGUAGACUCGCUUUCUGAUGCACUCGCGGCACCAGCACCGAGUCGAGGGCACGAAGCUGCUUCGUCUGAAAAUGCGAUGCAUUCUGCCGCCAGUUCUGGCAUUGAGCAUUGCUCACUUCGGCCAAACUGGUGCCUCGAGAAGUAG